AUGGAAUCUUCUAAUAUGGUAGCUACAUUCUUUGGAAACGAAAUGGAUUCAACUAGAUUAAGGCCGAAUAUAAUUGUAACUGGUACUCCUGGGUGUGGGAAGACAACUACCUGUGAGCUGCUACAAAGAAGGUUAGACGACUGUAGGUAUUAUAACAUUAGCGAUUUUGCAAAAGAGCAUGACUGCUAUGAAGGUUACGAUGAAGGGCGUAAGUCUCACAUAGUUGACGAAGACAAACUACUUGACGAACUAGAACCUCUACUACGUAAGGGUGGGGCAAUCAUCGACUGGCACGUGAAUGAUGUGUUUCCUGAAAGAUUGAUCGAUCUUGUAGUAGUUCUCAGGUGUGAUAAUUCAACUCUUUACGAUAGAUUACACAAGAGAGGCUAUCACGAUGCGAAAAUUGAGGAGAACAUUGAUGCUGAAAUCAUGGGGGUAGUCCUACAAGAUGCAAUGGACAGCUAUGUGCAUGAUAUAGUCGUUGAAUUGCAGAGCAACACUGCAAACCAAAUGGAAGAAAAUGUUGGACGGAUUGUAGCUUGGGAAUCCAGCUGGGUUUCACAACACCCCACAGGAGUCACAAACGAAUUGCAACAAGACUAUCAGAGCAAUGAUGAAAGUGAUCUCGAUCAAUAUGACCUAGCUAAAGAUGAGGGUGAUCCUAAUGAGGAUAAAGAGUCUAGCAACAGCGACACUGACGCCUAA